CCGGGCGGUGGAGUCAGAGCCCGGGCGCGGGAGCACGAGCUGCAACAUCAGCACUAGCGGCGGCGGCACCUGCACCAGCUCCGGGGCCCCGCGCUGCGCUCUCCGCCCCGCGGCACCCGGGGCCGCCGCCCCGCGCUCUCUAUGGAUGUCAAGGCGGCCCCCAAUGGGGUGGCCACUAUCGAGGACCGGAUCCUGCGGAUCACCGGCUACUAUGGCUAUUACCCAGGUUACUCCAGCCAGAAAAGUACCUCCAGAUCAUCAGUCACUCGAUGUAAACCAGGAGCCAACUGCCCCAGUUCACACAGUGGCAUCAGUAGACAACUGUCCCCGCUAUCUGUCACCGAAGAUUCCUCUGCUCCUAUUCUUGAACUUCAGAACCGAGGAUCCUCAGGAGUUUGUGGACACAGAGUUGAGAGACAGAACAGAUCAGCAGACGAUGGGACACAGACUCAUUCUGAGAACAGCAGCCAAGAAAACAGAAUCAAGGCUCGCUGCCUGUCCUGCACGUCCAUGGUUCUGAAGGGCAUCUGGGGACUCUUGAUCAUCUUGUCAGUAUCAUCGUCUUGGGUUGGAACUACACAGAUUGUAAAAAUUACUUAUAAGAACUUCUAUUGCCCAUUUUUCAUGACUUGGUUUUCAACAAACUGGAACAUUAUGUUUUUCCCAGUCUAUUAUUCUGGUCAUCUAGCCACUGCUCAAGAAAAGCAAUCUCCAAUGAAAAAAUUCAGGGAAUGCAGUCGGAUUUUUGGUGAAGAUGGUCUGACGUUGAAGCUCUUUCUUAAAAGAACUGCUCCCUUUUCUAUUCUAUGGACUUUGACUAAUUACCUUUAUUUACUGGCUUUAAAGAAGCUGACGGCCACUGAUGUCUCCGCUCUGUUCUGUUGUAACAAAGCCUUUGUCUUCUUGCUGUCGUGGAUUGUGCUGAAAGACAGGUUCAUGGGAGUGAGGAUAGUUGCUGCAAUAAUGGCAAUUACCGGCAUUGUCAUGAUGGCGUAUGCAGAUAAUUUCCACGCUGAUUCCAUCGUAGGAGUGGCAUUUGCAGUGGGCUCAGCCUCUACAUCUGCAUUAUAUAAGGUCUUGUUUAAAAUGUUUCUUGGAAGUGCCAACUUUGGGGAAGCCGCACACUUUGUCUCCACCUUGGGUUUCUUCAAUUUGAUCUUCAUCUCCUUCACCCCAGUCAUCUUGUAUUUCACCAAGGUGGAGCACUGGUCCUCUUUUGCAGCUCUGCCGUGGGGCUGUCUCUGUGGGAUGGCAGGGCUGUGGCUGGCCUUCAACAUCCUGGUGAAUGUUGGGGUGGUGCUGACAUACCCAAUCCUAAUCUCCAUUGGGACAGUGCUCAGCGUUCCUGGAAAUGCAGCUGUGGAUCUCCUAAAGCAGGAGGUGAUAUUCAAUGUCGUCCGCCUGGCUGCUACCAUCAUCAUCUGCAUUGGGUUUCUGCUGAUGCUGUUGCCUGAAGAAUGGGAUGAAAUCACCCUGAGGUUCAUCAACAGCCUGAAGGAAAAGAAGAGUGAGGAGCAUGUGGAUGAUGUGACUGAUCCCAGCGUACACCUGCGAGGCAGAGGCAGAGCCAACGGGACAGUGUCUAUACCACUGGCUUAGAGAGGGACACAUUUUGAAUGCACGUGUAUGUAUAUUCUGUGAAUAUAACAAAAUUUUCUCACUACCUGUACACUCAAAUGACAGUAUUAACUCUGAAUUUGGAUAAAUCAUAUGUGAAAUAAUGCCAACAAUAAAAGUUUACAUUUAUAUGCUUAUCAAGGAAUUGGUGUAAAUAAUCAUACUAGUUUUUUUAUUAAAACACAUUUGUCCUU